CAUUCCUUCAGACUUUUUCUCUCUUGAUCUUCUCAUUGCGCUUCUCUCACAUACAGAAUCUCCCAUCUUUUCCACAAUCUCAACACUCACCCACAAACAAGUCUUUCGACACUUGCUUCUUCUCUCGUUCUCAAGUAAAGCUCACUCCGAAAGGAUGAAGGGCGCCAUGUCAUCCUCUCGCUUGGUUGAGAGACCUCAUGGUCAAGGUAUUACUUGUAUUUGAUCAAUCAAAACUUCAGACGUGGCGACACGUCUGAGCAUGAACCGGUGUUCGCAAGUUUCCUGCCAGCCGCUUUCUGUUUUUCUUUCGAAAGGAAGAAAGAGAAGAAACAUAAUAUUGCCAUCCACCCAGACCCCGGCUUUGUCGUGGAUUUGGAGAUGGCGAUGCUGGAUAUGUGGAAGUGCGUUCUGAGAUCAUACGGUUGAACUUGACUCUGGAUAAUACCAGCGAAAGAAUCAUGCCUUCUUCCCCCCCACUUUUCCCCCUUGACUGUGCAAGGACACAUUCCCCUAACGAACGCAGGAUGUCUCCACCGAUCGCCACCUUCGACGAAUUCAGCGGCUACACCGCGACCAAGGAGGUGAAGACGCCUUUUGACGGUGCCAAGAAGCUCACUCUCAAUGGCGCCGACGUCCAAACCAAACUCUUGGACGACUUUGCCGGAAAAUGGGAGAGCUUCAAGUUCGCUCCCAUCCGCGAGUCCCAAGUCUCACGUGCCAUGACCCGACGCUACUUUGCCGACCUCGACCGCUAUGCCGAGUCGGACGUCGUCAUCGUCGGUGCGGGCUCUUGUGGUCUGUCCACCGCCUACACCCUCGCAAAGGCUCGUCCGGACUUGAAGAUCGCCAUCAUCGAGGCUUCCGUCUCCCCCGGCGGCGGCUGCUGGUUGGGUGGCCAGCUUUUCAGCGCCAUGGUCCUGCGCAAGCCGGCCGACGAAUUCCUCAAUGACAUUGGCGUCCCGUUCGAAGACGAGGGCAACUAUGUUGUCGUCAAGCACGCCGCUUUGUUCAUGAGCACCUUGAUGAGCAAGGUUCUGGCCAUGCCGAACGUCAAGCUCUUCAACGCGACCUGCGUCGAGGAUCUCGUGACCCGCCCCUCCGAGAACGGCGGUGUCCGCGUCGUAGGUGUCGUCACCAACUGGACCCUCGUCACCCUCCACCACGACAACCACUCUUGCAUGGAUCCCAACACCAUCAAUGCCCCACUUGUCAUCAGCACCACAGGCCACGACGGCCCAUUCGGUGCCUUUUGCGCGAAGCGUCUGGUCAGCAUGAACGCCGUCGAAAAGUUGGGCGGCAUGCGAGCGCUUGACAUGAACAGUGCCGAAGACGCCAUCGUCAAGGGCACCCGUGAGGUCUCCCCCGGUUUGAUCAUGGGUGGCAUGGAACUCAGCGAACUCGAUGGCGCCAACCGGAUGGGACCUACCUUUGGUGCCAUGGUUCUGAGUGGUGUCAAGGCUGCAGAGGAAGCCUUGAAGGUUUUUGAAGCCAGAAAGGCAGAGUGCGCAGAGUAAAAGUAGGACGGAAUCGGCCCUCCGUCCUACCCAGUCCUUCCAAUGGACAUACUGCGCUAUCAGAGCACACGCAAGUACGGUUGUUUUUUGUCCGUUUUACUCACCUGUAUGGGGAUUGUCACUCUUCCAUGACAUCGCCCUACACUGCCACUCCUUGAAUACUUUGCCGUAUGUAGCUGAGAUAUCACAAAGAUUGAUGCUACAAUAUUCUUUUCAUGUCUAAAAGAUACAAAGUUACUCACGAGCAAAGUGUUCGAUAUCCGUCGUGUUCUUCCGUGGCUCUUGAAC